GCUUGCUGUUCUCCCAUUGUCAGCGAGCCUAGUGAGUGUUGGGGAAAACCUGUCUGUAGGAUCCUGUGUCAUCGCUCCCUGCAUGUGCACAGGAAAAGUCCGCUCUGCUCUGGGCUCUCUGCUCUUUUUCUCUGUUUCCCUUUCAUUCGGCUUCCCAGAGCCAGAGCCGCAUGAGGCAGCGACGGAGCCGGAUCAGAGUCAGCCACCGGCUAUCAGAGGAGCCCAGAUAAAAGCUUCUUAUGCACCGCCGCUGCGGCCCUUGUUAUUUUUUUAAUUAUUAUUUUUAUCUGCUGCUUCUUUCUUCUAAUACCUUCCACACAAUAGUUGUGCCUCAUUAUCCGGUGCCUGGCUCGGUGUUUUUCCCCUUAGAGGGUUUGAAGUUUCUGUGCUUCAGUGACUGCUACGGAAGAAGAGUUUCCAGAUUGUUUGAACUUCUCUGGCCGCACAAUCCAGGAAGGCUGAAGCCAGCGGCGCAGGGACCAAGGCGCCUGCAGCAUGGGCUGGAUCCCUGGGAUUGUCUGCCUUUUCUGGGGAGUAGUACUAACGGCAAAAGCAAACUAUCAAAAUGGGAAGAACAAUGUGCCAAGGCUGAAAUUAUCCUACAAAGAAAUGUUGGAAUCCAGCAAUGUGAUCACUUUCCAUGGCUUGGCUAACAGCUCCAGCUAUCAUACCUUCCUUUUGGAUGAGGAACGAAGUAGGCUGUAUGUUGGAGCGAAGGAUCACAUAUUUUCAUUCAACCUGGUUAAUAUCAAGGAUUUUCAAAAGAUUGUGUGGCCUGUAUCUUAUACCAGAAGAGAUGAAUGCAAGUGGGCUGGGAAAGAUAUCCAGAAAGAAUGUGCUAAUUUCAUCAAGGUCCUUAAGGCUUAUAAUCACACUCACUUGUAUGCCUGUGGAACUGGGGCUUUUCAUCCAAUUUGCACCUAUGUUGAAAUUGGACAUCAUCCUGAGGACAACAUUUUUAAACUGGAGCACUCACAUUUUGAAAAUGGCCGUGGGAAGAGUCCAUAUGACCCGAAACUGCUGACAGCAUCUCUUCUUAUAGAUGGAGAAUUGUACUCUGGAACUGCAGCUGAUUUCAUGGGGCGAGACUUUGCUAUUUUUCGAACACUUGGGAACCACCACCCAAUCAGGACAGAGCAGCAUGAUUCCAGGUGGCUCAAUGAUCCUAGAUUUAUUAGCGCCCAUCUCAUCCCAGAGAGUGACAAUCAUGAAGAUGACAAAGUAUAUUUUUUCUUCCGUGAAAAUGCAAUAGAUGGAGAACAUUCUGGAAAAGCCACUCAUGCUAGAAUAGGUCAGAUAUGCAAGAAUGACUUCGGAGGACACAGGAGCCUGGUGAAUAAGUGGACAACAUUCCUCAAAGCACGUCUGAUCUGCUCUGUGCCAGGUCCAAAUGGCAUCGACACACAUUUUGAUGAAUUGCAGGAUGUAUUCCUAAUGAAUUCUAAAGAUCCUAAAAACCCAAUUGUAUAUGGAGUAUUUACAACAUCAAGUAACAUCUUCAAGGGGUCUGCUGUGUGUAUGUAUAGCAUGAGUGAUGUAAGAAGGGUGUUUCUUGGUCCAUAUGCUCACAGGGAUGGUCCCAACUAUCAGUGGGUGCCUUAUCAAGGAAGAGUCCCCUAUCCACGACCAGGAACGUGUCCCAGUAAAACAUUUGGUGGGUUUGACUCUACAAAAGACCUUCCUGAUGAUGUCAUAACAUUUGCCAGAAGCCAUCCAGCCAUGUACAACCCAGUUUUUCCUAUUAAUACCCGUCCAAUAAUGAUCAAAACAGAUGUGAAUUAUCAGUUCACACAAAUUGUAGUUGACCGAGUGGAUGCAGAAGAUGGACAGUAUGAUGUCAUGUUUAUUGGAACAGAUGUUGGAACCGUUCUUAAAGUAGUCUCAAUUCCUAAAGAGACUUGGCAUGAUUUAGAAGAAGUUCUGCUUGAAGAAAUGACAGUCUUUCGGGAACCAACCACAAUUUCAGCAAUGGAGCUUUCCACUAAGCAGCAACAACUGUAUAUUGGAUCUAAUGCUGGAGUUGCCCAGCUUCCCCUGCACCGCUGUGAUGUUUAUGGCAAAGCCUGUGCGGAGUGCUGCCUUGCACGGGACCCCUACUGUGCCUGGGAUGGCUCAUCAUGUUCCCGCUACUUUCCCACUGCAAAGAGACGCACGAGACGACAAGAUAUAAGAAAUGGAGACCCACUGACUCACUGUUCAGACUCACAGCACCAUGCUAAUCACCAUGACCACAGCCUUGAAGAAAGAAUCAUCUAUGGAGUAGAAAACAGUAGCACAUUCCUAGAAUGCAGUCCAAAGUCACAGCGAGCAUUGGUCUACUGGCAGUUUCAGAGGCGAAAUGAGGAGCGAAAGGAAGAGGUCAGAGUCGAUGACCACAUCAUCCGGACAGAGCAAGGCCUCCUGCUCCGUAGCCUGGAGAGGAAGGAUGCUGGCACUUACCUGUGCCAUGCUGUGGAACAUGGGUUCAUGCAAACUCUUCUUAAAGUGACCCUGGAGGUGAUUGACACAGAACAUUUAGAGGAACUUCUUCAUAAAGAUGAUGAUGGAGAUGGUCCUAAAACCAAAGAAAUAUCUAACAGCAUGACACCCAGCCAGAAGAUCUGGUACAGAGACUUUAUGCAGCUCAUCAACCACCCCAACCUAAACACGAUGGACGAGUUCUGUGAGCAGGUGUGGAAAAGGGACCGAAAGCAACGGAGGCAGAGGCCAGGACACUCCCAAGCCAACAAUCACAAGUGGAAGCACUUACAGGAGAACAAGAAGGGUAGGAACAGGAGGACCCACGAGUUUGAGAGGGCCCCCCGGAGUGUCUGAACCAUGUUACCUCUAGAAACCUCAAAGGAAUAGAAACUUGCUUAGAAAAUAACUGGAAAAAAAUGCAAUAUACAUGAACUUUUUCAUGGCAUUACAUGGAUGUUUACAAUGGUGGGGAAUUCGAAUGACUUCCACUAACUAUAAAUUAAGACCAUGAGUAACUUUGCUAACCAGGCUUUUUUCCAAAUAUCAAUGCCUGAUAGAAACCACAGGUGAGUGUGAGUGUGAGUGUUCACAUCAGCAGACUCAAUGUUUCCCAUGAGAGUUCCUUUUACUGGUUUUGCUUUCUUCUUUGCCUGAGAAAUAAAAAUGUCACUUGCCAUAUUGCCAAAAGGAGAAAAACUGCAUGGGGAAAGCCAUUUUAUUGACCUAAAAGUUGAAGAUAAACUGCAUGGGUUUAGAAAGCUGAUGAAUAUUCCAAGACAUGAUCAGAUUCAAGGAUACUUUUUGUUUACCAGCACUCAAGUUUGUAUGUACUGGAGGAGUAAAGUAAGGAAAAUGAUACUGAAUGAAAUGGUCUGUGGAAAUCUAAGAUACAUAAACCAUCCAUCAUUCAGAAGAGUAAUGGAACAUACUGAUCUACUACUGAUGUCUUCUUUCAGCUUUGAUCUAAAGAUGUAUUUUAUUAAAACAAUAAUUUAAAUGUACUGUGGCAAAUAUGCAGUAAAAUUUGGCUGUUUUCUAAGCUAGAGUAGGUCUUUCUCUUACAAUUAUUGUGCUAUAUAGUUUGUUUAAAAAUUCCAACUGUGUGCUGCUUUUUUCACAUUUUGUUUUUAGUUCUGUAAUAAGAGGGAUAGACACAUGUGCACAUUGUGAGCAGUUAAUUCAUAAAGUCAAUAUAUUAAUUCUGGGUUUUUUCUGUAAGGAAUGACAACAAAUAGUGUUCACAAGCCCCCUUUUGAAAGUAUUAUCUAAGUUAAUUCUAACUUACAUAAUGUUUUAAAAAACAGAGUUAGUACAGCACAAAAAUUGAAGAGUUUCUCAAAUGCAUUUUGUUAUAACUAAAGGAAUAAUGAAAAGAAAAUGAACUAUAUAUCUAAUGAAAAUAACAAGCAUUGUUUGAUAUAGUGUUAGUAGAAUUACUCUGAAUUCUUAAUUCUGAGCUUGAAUCAUUGCAUGACAUUUGAGGUAGAAUUCUCUCUCAUAAUUCCACCAGGAAUUGUAUCAGUCACUUGAUGAUUUUUGAAGAUAGAGAUUAAUAAUAUUUGCCAUAAUAUUUUUUCAUCAAAUUUCUUGUUUUCUUUUGAAUCAACUAACUUUUUUCUAAUCUUGCUUAAUAUAGUUGUCUGUGUGAAAAACACAAUCCUGUUCAUGUUAAUGGGUGUGAAUUUACAUAGACUAUUUUAAAUACAACCUUUACAUAGAAAAUGUAAGGCAACUUACAAAAUAAGGUAAUUGACAUGUAAUUAAGUGCUGUGUCCUUUGUUACUGAAGAUGACUCCUUGAGAAAAAUUGAUUUCCGAAGAUAAAACUUUCCACAUUAUAACACAUUCUUCUUCCACUACACUUAUCUGUUGUUUUUUUUUUUUUUGUUUUGUUUUGUUUUUUGUUUUUUCAGGAAUUCCUCCUUACUUAGGUCCUCUGUCAUGCACAUAAAUGCAGAGAAAACAUCUUACUGCUAAUUAAUGUAGUGACACUAAAACUUUAAUUCAAGUUAUCUUAGAUUUUAAUUAACUUAGCAUUUAUUUCUCACACCAAAAUGCACGGAGUUGUUAUCCCUCUCAGCUGAAAUUUUUCACAGGUGGAAGCUCACAUUUUACUUUUAAUUAUUACUUAAAUAAAUAAUUUGUUGACACUUCAAAUAAAAACAAAAUAAUCUACAUUCAACUUAGGCUCCUUGACAAAGAUGGUGUUACUUUUGGAUGUGCAUCCUCAACCAGAAGCCGAAUUGGUUAUUUGAAUGACACUUUUGUACAGAGAAUAGUGUUAGAAAUAUAAAUCAACGAACAAAGAGUGCUCUAAAAAUAGGUCAUUCAUUUAGUGUUAUAAAGUAUCUUAGCUGUACUAAAAUUCAAUGUUUCUUUAAUUCUAAAUUUGUAGCUAAACAAAUUUAUUUGCUAUAACAUAAAUAUCUUAUAUCUUUCUAAUCCUUAGCAACACAGGAUUUAAGGAGAUAGAGAUUGUAUAGCAAAUUCAUGGAUGGCUUCCAAAACCUGAAUAGAUUUUUGUCUUGAAUUAUGAAAUCACAAUAAAAAGUUUAUAUUUCAAUUUAAAAAAUCAAAAACAAACAAAACUGGCAUGUCUUUAUAGAUCAUCAGAUAAGAUGUCAAACAAAACUAUAUCUAUAACAUACAGAUAAAUAACACUUGUUACAGUUUGAAUUUUCUGCUAAUGUGUAUUGACAGAGGGCAGCUUGCAUGAAAAAGAUUAAAUGUCCCAUUUAAUAAUUCAAUUUUAGUAGACUUUGGCAUAUGCAUGUGUCAUCAGAGAUGGCAAAGAGAUUCAUAUGACCUUAAGGCAAUGAUAACAGUCAUAAAGUUUGAAAAAGAUGCAUCACAGCUGAGAGCCAUUGAGAGCAAAUGGAAAAUGUAAAUGCAUGCAAGUGCACACUAAUUGCUUCUUUUAUGUAUUAUUUAGUGAUUUACAAUGGUAUGUAUUUAGUAUUUUUUGCUACCUACACACUAGGCAACAAAGGUGUAAAUAAUUUUGCAAAGAAGAGAAACAGCAGUGUAAAAUAGCUACUGCAUUUCAAUGUGUGCAACAUCAUCUUAAAAUGCAAGAUUUGCCCACACAUGUGGUAAAGUGGUUUGUGUGCUGCCCAAGGGCAGAAGUUGUGUGCCCCCUCAACAAGCAUGCUUUGGGCCAGGUAGUGAGUAUGUUCUGGAUCUGCAUUUAACAUUGUCUUUCAGAUGGGAGCUAGAGAACUGGAGAGAAAACUGUAAUGAAACUGCUGCUGUAAAUUAUUCCUUUCUAGCAUGUACUCAGUUGCUAAAUACACAUUUCUGCAAAAUACUUGAAUUCAGAUGUCUUUACUAUUACCUGUAGCAUAUGGUGUGAAGGAGCAUAAGCAUAGAAACAUUCAAAGGUAGUCAGGCUGCUGCAUCAUCAGCUAACAGAUUGCCUCAUUGUAGGCAUCUGUAUACUGGAUUCUAGGAUGAUGUGUAUUUUAUGUCCUGUAAAUAUUGUUCUUUUUGUCUCAUACUUGGAAAGAAGUCAUAGGGAUGAAAUUCCAUAACAUAUUUUAUCAUAACUGAUUACUUUUAAAAGAUCUAUAAAGAUGCCAGAUGUCUGUCAUUGAUAGGCCUCUCCUGAAGGUCAUAGGCAAGUUUCUUAUGAUAAUGAAGUCAUUAGUUUAACAUUUUGAACUUUAUCUUAUUAAUUGAAUUUUAAAUGAAAUUUCAGCUUAGUAGAAGUCUCAUUGGAUUUAAUGGCUUCAGAAACACACUUAACAGUUGUACAAUAACCUCUUAGAUAUGAAUAAGCCUAUUGCCAAAGACAUUCAUGCUUUUUAUUUUAACUUUGUAAUAACUAUUUAAAGUCAAUAUUAAUGUUUGCAAGAUAUAUAAAGAAGUUUUCAAAAACUUUGCAAAAUCCUC